AUUGAAUUCGACCGGACUGGGCGUGCUGCUGCUUCUCGGCUUCUCCCCUCUUUGCCCCUCUCCAUUCCGGAGCCGGAUCCUCCUCCAUUUCGUUUGUAUCUCAUCUGCUCUGCUCUGCUGCCGCUCUGGUCUGUAGAUCUGGGAGGAUCAGAGUCAGACAUUGGGGUUUUGUGAUUAGACUAGAAGAGGCGCGUUAAUGUCGCAAGAACUGGUGCGUACGGCAAUGGCGGCCGCGCCCGGUGAUGUUCCGCCGCCUUUGGCCACUCCUGCUCUUCUUCCGCAGGCCAAAAGGGUUAAGGAAGACCCAAGUUUUCCCCAAGCCUCGCCGGUGGUUCCGGCCAUGACGGCGGAAGACUGGUCCAAAUGGUCCACACUUCCGCCCGACCUCGUCCGCUGCAUCGGCGACUCCCUCCUGUCCACCAACGACCUCGACUGCUACAUUCACUUCCGCGCCGUUUGCCCCGGCUGGCGCGCCGCCGCCGACGACCCCAUGAGCGACACCUCCGACCCCCGCUUCCACCCGCGCCGGUGGAUCGUCCUCAACGAGGACUUCCAGAGCGAAGGGAAGCUGCUCCUGCUGAACACUGACAACGGCCGCUUCGUCCAUAGAAAGCUCCCGCUGCUCAGCGACCACUACGUCGUAGCCACAACUCGCAAUGGCUACUUGGUCCUGGCGGACAAAAGCCCUCCUCACUCUGCAAGCGUCCUCAACCCUCUGACCGGCGUCGUCAUCCGUUUCAUGGCGCCUGUGCCCCCUGAGGUGGGACACGCUGCUGUCUCCCUUGCCAGCUCUGCCCUCGGGCUCACCUUGUUUGGCGACUCAUCUCACAAGAUUUACUCGGCCUAUCCCGACAACAAGAGUUCCGUCGUCCACGAGGCUCAGCAAGCAGCUUAUGUUUUCUUCCGUAAUGCGGUCGUGGGCGGUGUCUACUCAGACACUAUAGGGCAUGCCGUGAUUGUCCGUUUAUGCAGAUCGCUGAUGCCUCCAGAUGCAAACCACCUUUGUUUUCCAGUGGCUUUGGGUAGAGAAAUGCUGCUUGUCGGGACUGCAGAGAGAUCGUUCUUUAUUUUUAAAACAGACAUCGAGUUAAGUAAGCUGGAGGAUGUGGACACCAUCAACAACUAUGCCAUUUUCAUUGGUCAUCAGAGGUGCCUGGCUGUCUAUGCUGAUAAGUUCAUAGGCAUUGAGGCAAACUGCAUCUACUACACUGAAAAUCUGGGUUCGUCCGCUCGUAUAUGCAAGUGCGGCAUCAAGGACAGAAAAGUAGAGAAGAUCUCUGAAACUGCCGAUUUCAUCAAGAAGGACAAGAAGUUUGUCCUCGUUGCUGACCGUCCUUCGACGAUCAUCGACCUUCUCGCCAGCUACACCAUCAACAUCCCGGACUCUCGGCUGGCCUUGCAACAGAUUCCAUAAGGCGCCGGCAGAUCUUCGUUCAACUCUGGGGAUCUCGAUGACCAACUGACAAGGCUAUGCUUUCGCUAAGUAAUUGCUCCUAAUUACUGUCUAGUCCCCUGCUUUGUUAUUUUGGAUAUGCCUUGCCUUGUAGUAACAUGUAAGAAGCAGGUUGAUCCUAGGUUAGAUCACCUUUAGUGGAACUACCGUUUUUUGUCUUAAUUAUCAGUACUUGGUCUGUGUGUCCCACUUCUACUUGCAUUACUACUACUUAGCAAUGCAAUCUGGUGCUUAAUUUCUGGCA